AUGGUAUCUAACGGUACCAAUUCUGUCCCAUGGAGCUUUGUUUUCGCCAUUUUAAUUGCCAUAGUUUUCACUCCAAAAUUUAGUUUCGCCAAACAAUCCAAGUUAAUGGGCAUGAAAAUGAACACGAUUGAUCGAUGUUGGAGACCAAAUCCUGAAUGGAGGAAGCAUAGACAACAGCUAGCAACUUGCUCCGUAGGUUAUGUUGGAAAGAUGACAAACAACAUUGGUAACGACCUCAUACAUUAUAAAGUUAUUGACCCAAAUGACGAUCCCAUAAAUCCAAAACCUGGUAUGUUGAGAUAUGGAGCUUCUGUAAUUCAAGGUAAAGUGUGGAUCACAUUCCAAAAAGACAUGAACAUUAAGCUAAUGAAACCACUUCUCAUUAGUAGUUUCACUACCAUUGAUGGUCGUGGCGUUAAUGUACACAUUGCUGAUAAUGCAUGCUUGAUGAUAUCCAAGGCCACCAACAUAAUCAUUCAUAGCCUUCGAAUCCAUCACUGCAAAGCUCAAGCACCGGGGAAGGUGAUGGGGCCUAAUGGAAAGGUAAUUCAUAUUGGUCCAGUAGAUGGAGAUGCAAUUAGAUUGGUCACGGCUUCAAAAAUCUGGAUUGACCAUAAUACACUUUAUGAAUGUGAAGAUGGUCUUCUUGAUGUCACAAGAGGUUCUACUAAUGUCACUAUAUCCAAUAAUUGGUUUAGAGAACAAGAUAAGGUUAUGCUUCUUGGUCAUGAUGAUGGAUAUUUGAGGGACAUAAACAUGAAGGUUACUGUUGUCUACAAUCAUUUUGGACCUAACUGCAACCAACGAAUGCCAAGAAUUCGACAUGGAUAUGCACAUGUAGCCAACAAUCUUUACUUAGGGUGGAUGCAAUACGCCAUCGGUGGAAGCAUGGGGCCUAGCCUUAAAAGUGAAUCUAAUCUCUUCAUAGCACCAAAAGUUGGGAGUAAAGAGGUAAUAUGGAGAAAAAUUGGCAAUACGAAUGGAGACAAAUGGGAAUUUUAUUCGGUUAGGGAUGCAUUUGAAAAUGGAGCCUCUUUCAUGGUAACAAAAGGAGGACGUGUGCUGAAGCCUAAUUAUAGCAAAGAACAAAGUUUUGAAGUUGUUGAUGUCAAAUCUAUUAGAUCAUUGACAAGAUCAUCAGGUGCAUUUAAAUGCAGUAGUACCUCUAUAUGUUGA